GCCUGAGCAGGGUUUCCUCCUCCUCCUGUUGUUUGUUCUUUUCUUUGGGAGUUUUUCCAGACCAGACUGCACUGCAUUCGAUUUUCCCGGGAAAACAGACUGUUGCUCGUCUCAGAUUGUUGUCGACAUAAACAUUUUUGUGUGAUUGCUACAUGAGAAAUCGAAGUGUUUGUUUUUGUUGUGGAUCAUGGCAACUGAAACAAAUUGUAGGAUAAUACAAGGAAAUUCUGGAAAUGUAGCAAAGAAAUCUGUUGUAAAUCUAUUCCCAAAACAAGCCGACUGCUCCUAUGUCUCGUGUUACUGUGAAGAAAACGUCUACAAGCUUGCAGAAGAAGUAACUAAAACCCAGCCAAACGAGCUUAGCAAAUGUUUUGUAGUGUUUAUUUCAAAUCACAGCAGAACGGUGCCCUUGUGGAGACAACGAGCUGGAAAAGAAGAAGAUCGUUUGGUCAUUUGGGAUUAUCAUGUGAUUUUCCUUUAUCAUCCAGAACCUGAUAAAUGUCUUGUGUACGAUCUGGACUCAGAAUUGCCUUUUCCAACUUAUGUGCACAAAUACGUGACUGAAACAUUUAGGACGGAUCAUAUUUUGAAACCAGAUUAUUUCAGAUACUUUCGAGUAAUCCCUGGCAGCGAAUUCGUCAAAGAGUUUUCAUCUGAUAGGCGCCAUAUGAAGAGACCGGAUGGUACAUGGAUAAAACCGCCGCCAAAUUAUCCAGCUAUAGCUAACGCAAAUUCGGUUCACAAUCUGGAAGAAUACAUUCAAAUGGACCAAUGUAAAGGACCAGGUCAAGUUUUAAACCUGACCCAAUUUGUUCAAAGAUUUUACAAGCCUUUAACAUAAUGGGACUAUUUGUAUUUUAUGGUGUUAAUUAAAUUCGGCCGAUCAGCCUUUAAUAAUCAAAAGAAGACGACCUUGAAGAUGCAUUUUGAAAAAUAUAAUGUUCUAUUGCUUGUAUGAGCAAUGUUUUCUAUAUCCGCACAUUUUCUAUCUUUCUAUUGUCCUAAAAUAAUAAGUACUUAUCAGUAAAAAUAAGUGUAUUAUGAGUAAAAAAUUAAGGGGCCUUACGCUAUUUUUAAAGUAUUCUUAUAUAUUUGCCUAAUACCGUGUUGUUACAAGAAUCCAGUUGUGCCGUUAACACUCUUGGAUAUUUUAUUGAUGGGAUUUUUGGAUUGUUCAUCAUGUUUACAUUUAAGUUUUUACAAGCGCCUCUUUUUUAUCAGAAUAGUCCAAGAUUAUUUAUUUGACUUAUUUAAUUGGAUUUGAAAAUUUCUCUUAAGUUUGUUCCUUGAGCAAUAUUGCACUGAUUUAAGUAAUUUCUUGCUCUGCAUUUCAAAAGCAAAUAGUGUGGGACCCAUUUUAAAGCAUUUAACCUAAUAAUAAAUAUGUAAUAUCAAAUAUGUAUGUAUACAUAAUCAAGCUGAUUGGUUAUUCAAGUGAGACAUGUAUUUAAUUUGUUAUUUUUUUAUUUUGUUGGUUGCUUUACUAACAAAUAUUGGACAGUCAAAUAUUUUUUUAAAACAACCUUUAUGUGAUAUUAGAAGAAGUUAGUAAAAAUAGCAUUUACAUAUUAUUUAUUUCAGGUAAUUUUUGUUUUGGUUGCUUGAUUUUUUAGCUUCGAUUUAUUUAAACGAUCAAGAAUAAUAGAAUUUGAUAUUUUUUCCCCAAAGUAUUCAAUUUAAAUUCUAUUUGUCAUGCUCCUUAGUUGUUGAAUAAUAAAUUAUUUAUUCAUGUAGCUUUAUAUACAUACACAUACAAUAUGGAACAGAACUCACACAAUUUUCAAAAUAAACUUCAUAAGCAUGUGAAAAUUGUUAUGAUUAACCGAUAAAUAAAUCAAUGAAACCACCUUGUAUAUUUAAGCCAUAGAUUGAUUUACAUCCCUUUCUGAUGUAUUGAAGGCUUCAACUUUGGAAAAAAACCCUUUCUUGCAUAAGAUGUAUUUUUUUAUUCUAUGCAAAAACAUUGUCAAAGUUAAAAUAAAUAAAAGAAAUCCUUCUGUUUUAUGUGCUUUAUAUUAUGCAUAUGUCACUGUGUCACUAUAUUAUAUUCAUAUCACAUUAGAUUAUAGAUCACUAAUUCCUUGUCUAUUUAUUCAUUGUUUGAAGUGUUAUUACAUGUAAAAAAAAAAAAUUUACUAUGUCUUUGUGAUUGUUUUGUACCUUUGUACUUACUUAACUCUUAUUCUUCAGGCCUGAUUAUUGUGUAAUUUAAAAUUUAUAUAAUGUAUUCAAAUAUUGAGAAAAUAUAAAGCAUAAUUUAUCAAUGUUGAAAUGUGUUUUUUAAUUUAAUUUUAUCACAGUCUAGUUUGAUUCAGGGCAGCAAUUUUAAACCUUCAUUCUACUGAAAUAUGCAGGAUAAUUAAUUUCCUGAAUGGAAGAAAUCCUGCAGAAACUUUAAACAAUAGGUUUAACUACAGAUUAAAGUGUGGUAACGUUACCGUGGCAACGGUAAUUUUGGUAAUUUAACCCGACAAAUUUCUUUACCGGUAAUUUUCAGAAAUGUUUCCUUAAAGAAAUCACAUUUAGGCGACAAUCCUUUUCAUGCAAUAUUUGCCAUCUUGUUGUGAAUCUGUAACGCGCUUUCAGAGAAGGCAUAAACAAAUAGUUAUUUACCUAACAAGUGCGGAAAGUGGUGCUUUUCCCCACGCGACGGCAGUUGGCAAGCUGUCAAGGAUGGAAAAGACAUUUUCCGCAGAAGUUAGGUGUAAUGUUUUUCCACAAGUUUAUUAUUUUUGUCCAUCUCAUGUAUCAAAAAUUGAUCAAAAAAUCUAAGAUCUAGGUUUUCUCAAUGGAAAAUAGUACCUACCUAUAGAUAGUAAUUUGAUUUGAAGUAGAAAAUAUGGAGUAGGUACCUAUAUUUUGAAUUAAAACAUUGUGCUCGUAGGAAAAACCUAUUUCGUGGGUUUUUGUUGAGUUCUGAGUUUGAAAUUAUUUGGAAUGUCAAAGAUCUUGAAACACAAAAACCCUACAAAAGCACAACUCUCGCAAAACCCAAAAAACCAAUAGAAAUUUUCAAAAACCAGGGCUGUUGCCAACCCUGUAACCCUGUGUGCUUUAAGUAAUCAAUUUUCUUGACUGAGUUAUCUCCAAUGCUAUACUUAUUCAGCUCAUUUUAUUUAUUUGUUUUUUUUUUGCCCUUUAAAUGUAGGUAUUUACUUUACUAUUUAGUUUAGCACCAGAUUAGGAGAAUUUAUUUCUGUUUGAUUUUCUUUGCUUGUUUUUCGUUCUAGGAAUUAGGUAUUAUUAUUUGUUUAAAUAUUGUAAUAUUUCUAUGAGGUUAAGUUUUACAACAAACAAUAUUAUAAUAAAUGGUUGUUUAGCUAAAAAAUCCUGAAAAUCUAUAAUCCUUGAAUGUAUAGGUAUAGUCUUGGGUAUAGUAUAUAGUCAUCAUUGUUUGUUUCAUGAAAUAUUUCCAAAAUUACCAAAAUAACCGAAAAAUUACCACUGAGAAAGAACAAAUGAAAAUUACCAGUAAACUUCAAUCUCUAGGUUUAACUUUUCAUUCAAACAUACAAAAGCUUGCUUUAACAAGAUCUUUUACUGGACUUUUAGUCAACUCGGCUACAUAAAAAUUCUUCUCACUAUGCCUUGACAGGCAUAUUCGUGAGUUAACUCUGUCGAAAAAGCUAUCUCCCAAUGAUGGUGUGUUAAAUGCCUCACUGUCUCUGACUCUGGUGGUAAAUUCAUUAG